AUGCCUCGGAAAGCGAUUGACUCGCGCAUCCCGGCGCUCAUCCAAAAUGGCAUCCAGGAGAAGAAGCGCAACUUCUUCGUCAUCGUGGGCGACCGUGCGAAAGACAUCAUCGUCAACCUUUACCACAUCAGAUCGCAAUUCGACGUGAAACAGAACAAGUCCGUUCUAUGGGCCUACAAGAAGGAUCUCCUAGGCUUUACAAGUCACCGAAAGAAGCGGGAGGCAAAGAUCAAAAGGGAGGUGAAACGGGGCAUCCGCGAAGCGAACGAUGAGGACCCUUUCGAGCUGUUCGUCACUCUCAACCAGAUCCGCUAUGUGUACUACAAGGAAACGGAGAAGAUUUUGGGAAAUACCUACGGCAUGUGUAUUCUCCAGGAUUUCGAGGCCAUUACGCCGAACCUCCUAGCGCGGACUAUUGAGACCGUCGAAGGUGGUGGCACAGUGAUCAUGCUCCUGAAGAGCAUGAACAGUUUGAAACAGCUCUACACACUGUCGAUGGACAUUCACUCGAGAUACCGGACCGAGGCGCACGAUGAUGUGGUUGCGCGAUUCAACGAGCGAUUCAUCCUAUCUCUUGGCAGCUGCGACUCCUGCCUGGUCAUCGACGACGAGAUGAACGUCCUCCCUAUCUCUGGCGGCAAGAAUGUGAAACCGCUCCCACCACCCGAGGAAACUGAUGGGAACAACUCGGGGCCGAAGAAAGAACUAGAGAAGAUCAAGGAUGACUUGGCCGAGUCCCAGCCCGUUGGAUCCUUGGUCAACCUAGCCCGGACCGUGGACCAGGCCAAGGCAUUGCUCACCUUCGUCGACGCGAUUGCCGAAAAGACGCUCCGAAGCACUGUUACGCUGACCGCUGCCAGAGGUCGUGGAAAGUCCGCGGCUCUAGGUGUCGCUAUCGCGGCAGCAAUUGCCUACGGCUACAGCAACGUCUUCAUCACCUCACCAAGCCCCGAAAACUUGAAGACUCUGUUCGAGUUCAUCUUCAAGGGUUUCGACGCUCUCGGAUAUGCCGACCACGCAGAUUACACGAUCCUCCAGUCCACCAACCCUGAUUUCAACAAGGCUAUCGUCCGCGUCAACAUCCAUCGCCAACAUCGCCAAACCAUCCAAUACAUUCAACCUCAGGACGCCCACGUGCUAGGGCAGGCAGAACUCCUGGUCAUUGAUGAAGCUGCGGCCAUUCCGCUACCACUCGUCCGAAAGUUGAUGGGUCCUUACCUGGUCUUCAUGGCUUCUACAAUAAACGGUUACGAGGGAACCGGCAGGUCUCUUUCUUUGAAGCUGAUUCAACAGCUCCGUGAACAGUCAAGAGGUGGCGCCAAGGUUGCCGGAGACGACACUGAUGUUGCUUCACGAGCAACCGGGAAGAUCGAGAAGAAUGCCGAUAAGGGUUUGGGUGGACGAUCCUUGCGAGAGAUUACUUUGUCCGAACCCAUCAGAUACGCCCCUGGUGACUCCGUAGAAAAGUGGUUGAACAAGGUUCUGUGCCUGGACGCGACACUACCGAGGUCGAAGAUGAACACUCAAGGCUGCCCGCAUCCCUCUCAGUGCCAGCUGCUCCAGGUCAACCGAGACACCCUAUUUUCUUUCCACCCUGUCUCCGAGAAGUUCCUCCAGCAGAUGAUGGCUCUCUACGUUGCCAGUCACUAUAAGAACACUCCCAAUGAUCUCCAGUUAAUGAGUGAUGCCCCCGCCCACCAGCUGUAUGUGCUCGUCCCACCAAUUGACGAAGAUGCCGCGAAAUUGCCCGAGCCGCUCUGUGUGAUACAAGUCGCCCUAGAAGGCCGCAUUAGCCGACAGAGCGUCCUCAACAGCUUGAGCCGUGGUCAACGGGCUGGCGGCGAUCUGAUCCCCUGGCUUGUCAGCCAGCAAUUCCAGGAUGAAGACUUCGCCGGUCUUUCUGGAGCUAGAGUCGUCCGCAUUGCCACGAACCCCGAAUACCUGAGCAUGGGAUAUGGAUCCCGCGCUUUGGAGCUCUUGGUGGAUUUCUUCGAAGGCAAAUUCACCGAUCUUUCAGAGAACGCGAUGAACACCCAAGAAGAGAUGGUCCGGGUUACUGAUGAAGAGCUCGCAAACUCCAACCUCCUCGAUGACAACAUUCAAGUCCGCGAUAUUCGAUCCAUGCCGCCGCUUUUCGGCAAGCUGUCGGAGCGUCGACCAGACGAGCUGGACUACCUCGGUGUCAGCUACGGUCUCACACCGUCUCUUCACAAAUUCUGGAAGCGCGCUUCCUUCCAUCCCGUAUACCUCCGCCAAACACCCAACGACCUCACAGGCGAACACUCCUGCGUCAUGCUCCGAACACUCGCCACUGGCGCCAACGACGCCAGCUGGCUCGGUGCCUUCUCGCGCGACUUCCACCGCCGUUUCAUCUCCCUCCUCUCCUACCAAUUCCGCGCCUUCGCCUCCGUCCUCUCCCUCAGCAUCGGCGAGUCCGCAACCGCAGGUGCCAAACUUGACCCGUCCCUCGCCGCGCCGCUCCUCACGAAAUCCAACCUCGACGCAGCCUUCUCCCCCUUCGAUCUCAAACGCUUAGACAGCUACGCAAACAACCUCCUCGACUACCACGUCAUCCUAGAUAUGGUCCCCACCAUCGCGACAUGGUACUUCUCCGGCCGUCUCACCGGCAAAGUCAGCCUCUCCGGCGUGCAGCAGUCCAUCCUCCUGGCCAUCGGUUUGCAGCGCAAAUCCCUCGACGACGUCGAGAAGGAACUGAGCCUCCCCUCAUCUCAGCUGCUGGCUAUGUUCCUGAAGAUCGUCCGCAAGGUCUCAACCCACUUCCGCUCCCUCGAGGAAACCGCUGUCGCGGAUACCCUUCCCGCAGACCAGGUUCCCACGACCUCCGCGGCAGCCGAUGCCCAUGACGAAGUCGUUGACGAGCGCUUCAAGCCCCUCGAGACCAGCAUUGAUGAUGAGCUUCGCGAAGGCGGCGAAGUAGUCAACGCCGAGAUGCGUGAGAAGCAACGCGCGCUGAUUGACGCGUUGCCCCUCGACAAAUACGAGAUAAGUAAUGGUGAUGCCGGCUGGGAAGAUGCGGAGAAGCAGAUCCGUGCUGGCGGUGCCCCAACCGUCAGCGUCAAGUCCUCGAAACAGAGUAAGCGCAAGAAGGGCGAGACUGCGCGCGACAUCUACGAGCAGGAGGUUGAGUCUAAGCGACAGAAGGUCAUUCAGAAGGGGACCGAGGGGAAGAAGAAGAAGAGGUAG